ACUCCGGGUUUACCAGGGGAGCGUAAGCGGCGAAGAACUUCUUUUGGAGGUGUCGUUGAGUUCGCUGAAUAGACACUAUGAGCAAAGCUCACCCUCCCGAGCUAAAAAAAUUUAUGGACAAGAAGUUAUCAUUGAAAUUAAAUGGUGGCAGACAUGUCCAAGGAAUCUUGCGGGGAUUUGACCCCUUUAUGAAUCUUGUGAUAGAUGAAUGUGUGGAGAUGGCAACUAGUGGGCAACAGAACAAUAUUGGAAUGGUGGUAAUACGAGGCAAUAGUAUCAUCAUGUUAGAAGCCUUGGAACGAGUAUAAAAAUGGCCAUGUGCACCAGAGAAACCAACUGCUUCCGCAUUCCCUCUUCAUAUCUCCUGUUUUAUUUACUACAAUAUAAAAGUUGAGUCUUAUACAUUUUCACAUUGAACUUUGUUAAAUAAAUUUUUGUAUUGGUCAAAAAA